UCUGAUGCAGCUAGCUAACCAGCUUGAUUCGGCAAACAAGAAGCUGGCAAAAGGGACCUCAUUGUUGAAAUUAUAACAAAAAUACUCGUAACCAAAGCGCAUAAAGAAUGAGAAGAGUUACGUUAUUUAUAAACGGGACAUCUAAAAAUGGCAAGGUUGUAGCAGUGUACGGGACCUUGUCCGACUUACUUUCCGUAGCGAGCAAUAAAUUAGGAAUCAAAGCCUCUAGUUUAUACAAUGGAAAGGGUGGUCUUAUAGAUGACAUUGCCCUUAUAAGAGACGACGACGUGCUGUAUGUGUCUGAAGGAGAUCCGUUUAUCGAUCCUCAAAAUGAAGCCAAGAGUAGAUCUGAUCCGCAUGGGGCACACACUGACUGGCUGACCCUUAAUAUUGGUGGGCGUCUCUUCACCACCACCAGGAGCACCUUGGUCAGCAAGGAGCCAGAAAGUAUGCUCGCUCACAUGUUUCGAGAGAAAGAUGUGUGGGGAAACAAGCAAGACAAGCAUGGGGCUUACCUAAUCGACCGCAGCCCAGAAUACUUUGAACCUAUUCUCAACUACCUGAGACAUGGUCAGCUCAUUAUCAAUGAAGGCAUAAAUAUUCGAGGUGUCCUCGAGGAGGCUCGGUUCUUUGGAAUUGAGCAGCUUGCUGAACAGCUGGAAGUAGCAAUCAAGAACUCACAGCCACCUGAGGACCACUCUCCCAUUUCCCGCAAGGAGUUUGUCCGUUUUCUUCUGGCCACACCCACCAAGUCAGAGCUCCGCUGUCAGGGACUUAAUUUCAGUGGUGCCGAUCUGUCCCGACUCGAUCUGCGUUACAUUAAUUUUAAAAUGGCUAAUCUGAGCCGCUGCAAUCUGACACAUGCCAACCUGUGCUGUUCCAAUCUGGAGCGGGCUGACCUUUCUGGAGCCAACCUGGAUGGGGCUAACUUACAAGGCGUGAAGAUGCUCUGUUCCAAUGCCGAGGGAGCUUCCCUCAAAGGAUGCAACUUUGAAGAUCCAUCUGGAUUGAAGGCCAACCUGGAAGGUGCUAACCUGAAAGGAGUUGACAUGGAAGGAAGCCAAAUGACCGGGAUCAACCUGCGUGUGGCCACUCUGAAAAAUGCAAAGCUGAAGAACUGUAACCUUCGGGGAGCCACUUUAGCAGGGACCGAUCUCGAGAACUGUGACCUGUCUGGCUGUGAUCUACAAGAGGCCAACCUGAGAGGCUCCAAUGUGAAAGGAGCCAUUUUUGAAGAGAUGCUGACCCCUCUGCACAUGUCGCAGAGCGUCAGAUAACUCAGCACACACCUGCAAGUCCAGUGUGGGCCACAGCUGGCUUCUUUAAUGCUCUUCUCCUCCAGUCAGCCUCUCCCAUACAACCCUACUAUCAAUCUCUCUUUACCUGUAAUGACGUGCAGGUAGUUGUAUGCACAUCCCUGGCAUUCCACCAAUAUUAUGUUAGCUUUAAAUAUCUUGCACUAGAAUUUAUCCAGGGUUGUUCAUGUAUGUUUGUAUGGUAGGAUGUUUUUAAAUGUUCAGCUGCAUAUAUCACCAAAACAAAGUCAUGUUCCUAGUGUAUGUAGAUGUGUCUGGAUGCAAUCCAACAACUAUACUCAUUUAAUGUUUUACGUAAUUUAUAUUCACUUUAUAUUACUUGACAUGUUAAUGGGAGUCAGAAUCAGAUUAUCUGUGUGUGGUAAAGUUCAGAGCACUGAGCUUCACUGAAUGCUGCUGUAGCAGAAAUUGAAGGGGUCACUUACCAAUAACUGUGCCGUUAUAUAUUCCUCUUUAAGUAUGUAACUUAAUUUUUGCUGGAUUCAACAUAUUAUAAAAGAAGCAAUGCAAGCCAAAGCCAUAAUAUAGCACAGCCUAAAAGGCUAAAAGUGAUGUUAGUAAAACUAUGCGGCAGGCUAGUUAUAAACACAGCUUGAGUAUGCAAUACAUGAUUUACAGCUGUGAGGUUUCUCCUUUCCUACUUUUAAAUAUUGUGUUCUUAACAAAAACUUUCCCUGUUUUGCGCUCUGUGAAUCUACCUCUUAUUUUUAAUCCGGUGUGUGAGUAAUCCACAGUUGCAUGCAUUUGACUGUGGCUCUGCUUCUCGUGAUGUUCAUGUAUGUCAUUCAUUAUUCUUCCCAUUAUGAGAAAAUAAUCCAACCUGUCAUGCUUUAAACAGAAAGCCAUUUUUUCUGUGUUCAUGUUGUCAAAGUGGGUUUGCCUGGAAACAUGCUCCAUGUAUCCGUGUAUCAAUUAAUCAUGCUUUGAACUUAUUUGCACAACUAUAUGUUAACUUGUAACAUGUUAUACCUUUCCACCAAAAAAUGUUUGGUGCUUGUAAUCUUAUGUAAAUCAAAUCCAGAGCUUCCAAAUCGUUCCAAAAAACAUUAUUAUUAUUACUAUUAUUAUUAUUAUUGUUAUUAUUGUUCGAGUGGGCAGGUGUUGUCAGCUGUUUUGUCUAGGAUCUCACUUCAGUUCUUACUGGACCGUGUCUGUUUGCAUGUGUGAAGAGCUAUACUCGUCUUUGACUGGUGAAGUUUCUCUAGCUGUAGCUCAAAAGCUGCUCCGAUGCAAUACUAUUCACUCAGUUCAAUAGUAGGUACCCAGUCUGUGAGAAUGAAUAUUGAGGCAAUCAUAUUGUGUAUUUCACCUUGAGUGUGAAAAUCAAUUGAAGAGCUAUGGUUAUUUAUUUUAAUACAUCUCACUGAAUGCAAUAUGGGGUAAAGAUUGGUUUGUGUUUGAGAGAGGGAGUGGUGUAGUUCUCCCUAUCUAUGAUUAUUGCACUCGACCGUGGAAAUAUAUUUCCAUAAAUGACUCUUAUAAAUAAACUACGA